GGCGGGAGCGAGGCUGGGGAGCGAAGCGUCCCUGGCGCUGCGGAGCCUGCGGGGGCGCCGGUGCCAGAGGGGGCAGCGUGAGGCAGGGCGCAGCGGGGGCGUGGGGAGCGGAGUACCCGAGGAGAACGAUGCCUCCCGGAGGGGAGCAGGGAAAGCGCCGUGAUGAGCGAGGCUUGCCGGGGGGCAGCGGGAACCUGUCGGCGGGAAGCGGGGAUCCCCGGCAGGAAGAGAGGCCCCCUCUGCGGAGAGAGAUGAUCCCCGGAGAGGAUCGGGGAGCCCCUGCUGUGGUCUCCCGGUCCGCCAUGGCAGGGCAGACGCAGGUACCGGUGACCUUCGAGGACGUCGCCGUCUACCUGAGCCGUGCCGAGUGGGAGGCCAUCAGCGAGGAGCAGCAGGAGCUGUACCGCAGCGUCAUGCUGGAUGUCUGCGAGCUCUUGAGAUCCCUGGGCAUCCAGGCAGAGCCCCCGCUGGGAACUGAGCAUGAGAUGUUUGGAGGUCACCAUCCUGGCUCCCGGCAGGAGGAGGUGUCCCAGCAGCCCACUGACCGUGAUGCUGUUCCUGAAGUCAUUGUGAAGGUGGAACCUGAAGGGGAGUUGUACAGGAGGCGUCUGCAUGGAUCCGGUGACCCAGAGGGCCCUGGCCAUGGUGCUGGAGCAGGUGACAAGUGGAGGCCCAAGGAGGAGGUGACAGCAGUGGUGUCAGAGGUGGUGGAGAGCCAGAGGAUGUUGUCCUCAAGGGAUUCCCACAGUCCCCAGCCCAGAGGUCUCUGCCUGGAGAAGGUGUCAGCUCCAGCAUCCAGCGGUGUGCCGACUGCUCCCUCUGUCUGCAGGAUGGGCACAGCCAGAGUCUCUGUCUCCAAGCAGUCACCUCCCCAUGGCCAUGCAGGCAAAGGUUCAUUUGCCUGCAGCGAGUGUGGGAAGAGCUUCAGUCUGAAGAGCAAACUGAUUCGGCACCAGCGUACGCACAGCAGCGAGAGGCCCUUUGCCUGCAGCGAGUGUGGGAAGAGCUUCCACCAGAAAAGCAGCCUGAUCAGCCACCAGCGCCUCCACACCGGGGAGAAGCCCUUUGCCUGCAGCGAGUGUGGCAGGAGGUUCAACCACAAAAGCACCCUGGUGUCUCACCAGCGCAUCCACACUGGUGAGGAGCCCUUUGCCUGCACAGAAUGCGGCAAGAGGUUCAAUCACAAAGGCAACCUGAUCUCCCACCAGCGCAGCCACAGCAGUGAGAAGCCCUUUGCCUGCACUGAGUGUGGCAAGAGGUUCAAACACAAACUCAGCCUGGUCACACACUUCCAAGUCCACACUGGUGAGAAGCCUUUCAGGUGCGCUGAGUGUGGCAAGUGCUUCAUGUACAAAAGCACCAUGGUCUUACACCAACGCCUGCACACCGGGGAGAAGCCUUUCUCCUGCGCUGAGUGUGGUGAGAGGUUCAAGCAUAAAGCCAGCCUGGCUUACCACCAAACCAUCCACACUGGUGAGAAGCCCUUUGCGUGCAAUGAAUGUGGCAAGAAGUUCCGCCAGAAGAGCAGCCUGGUGUCCCACCAGCGCAGCCACAGCGGGGAGAAGCCCUUCACCUGCACUGAGUGUGGCAAGCCAUUCAUGCACAGAUGUGCCCUGGCCUUCCACCAGCGCAUCCACACCAGGGAGAAGCACUUUGCCUGUCCCGAAUGUGGCAAGAGGUUCAGCCAGAAAUUCAGCCUGGUCACCCACCAGGCCAUCCACACCAGCAAGAAGCCCUUCACCCGCACUGAGUGUGGCAAGCCUUUCACAUACAAAAGCACCCUGGCCUUCCUCCAGGUGAUCCACCCUGGCAAGAAGCCCUUUGUCUGCACUAAAUGUGGCAAGAGCUUCAACCACAAAAUCAGCCUGGUCAACCACCAGCAUGCCCACACUAGUGAGAAGAACUUCACCUGUGCUGAGUGUGGAAAGAAUCUGAACAACAGACGCAACCUGAUCAGCCACCAGCGCAUCCAUACUGGUGAGAAACCCUUUGCCUGCAGUGACUGCGGCAAGAGAUUCAACCACAAAAUCAGUCUGGUUGCCCACCAGCACUCACAUACUGGCAAGAUGCCCUUUGCCUGCUCUGAGUGUGGCAAGAAAUUCAACAACAAAGUGAGCUUGGUCAAACACCAGCGCAUCCACAAUGGUGAGAAGCCCUUUGCCUGCUCUGAGUGUGGCAAGAAGUUCAACCAGAAAAGCAACCUGGUCACUCAUCAGGCCGUCCACACUGGCGAGAAGCCCUUUGCCUGCACUGAGUGUGGCAAGAGAUUCAACCACAAAAUCAGCCUGGUCAACCAUCAGCGCAUCCACACUGGGGAGAAGCCUUUUACCUGCAAUGAGUGUGGGAAGAGCCUGAACAACAAACGCAACCUGAUCAGCCACCAGCGCAUCCACACCGGGGAGAAGCCCUUUGCCUGCACCGAGUGUGGCAAGAGAUUCAACCACAAAAUCAGCCUGGUCACUCACCAGCGCAUCCACACUGGAGAGAAGCCUUUUACCUGCAAUGAGUGUGGCAAGAGCCUCACCAACAAACGCAGCCUCAUCAGCCACCAGCGCAUCCACACCGGAGAGAAGCCCUUUGCCUGCAGUGACUGUGGGAAGAGAUUCAACCACAAAAUCAGCCUGGUCUGCCACCAGCGCAUCCACACGGGUGAGAAACCCUUUGUCUGCUCUGAGUGUGGGAAGAGCUUCAAUGAUAAGCGCAGCCUGGUCGCCCACCAGCGUAUCCACACCUGUGAGAAGCCCUUUUCCUGCCCAGAGUGUGAGAAGAGCUUCCGCCAGAAAAGCAACCUGGUUGCCCACCAGCGCACCCACAGCAGCAGUACAGCCUUCGCCUGCCCGGCGUGCGGCAAGUCCUUCAUAUCCAAAAUCACCCUGGCCUUCCACCAGUGCACCCACACUGAUGAGAAGCCCUUUGUCUCUGCUGAAUGUGGCAAAAACUUCAACCAUAAAAUCACUCUGGUCUCCCAGCAGCCCAUCCACACUGGGGAGAAGCCCUUUGCCUGCACUGAGUGCGGCAAGAGGUUCAACCGGAAAAGCAACCUGGUCACUCACCAGCGCAUCCACACCGGCGAGAAGCCCUUUGCCUGCACUGACUGUGGGAAGAGCUUCAACCACAAAAUCAACCUAGUCAAGCACUGCUGUAUCCACAACAGUGAGAGGCUCUUUGCCUGCACAGAGUGUGGGAAGAGCUUCAUCCGCAAAAGCAGCCUGGUCACCCACCAGCGCCUGCACACCGGGGAGAAGCCCUUUGCCUGCACAGAGUGUGGCAAGAGCUACAACCAUAAAAUCAGCCUGGUCAACCACCAGCGCCUCCACACCGGAAUGAAGCCCUUUAUCUGCACCGAGUGUGGCAAGAGCUUCAACCACAAAAUCAGCCUGGUGAACCACCGGCGCCUCCACACUGGUGAGAAGCCCUUUGUCUGCUCUGAGUGUGGGAAGAGCCUCAACAACAAACGCAGCCUAAUCAGCCACCAGCGCAUCCACACCGGGGAGAAGCCCUUUGCCUGCCCAGAGUGUGGCAAGAGAUUCAACCACAAAAUCAGCCUGGUCACUCACCAGCGCAUCCACACGGGUGAGAAACCCUUUGUCUGCUCUGAGUGUGGCAAGAGCUUCAACCACAAAAUGAGCCUGGUCAACCACCAGCGCUUCCACAAUGGUGAGAAUCCCUUUGCCUGCACAGACUGUGGCAAGAGCUUCCGCGACGAAGUCAGCCUGGUCAACCACCAGGGCAUCCACACCGCUGAGAAGCCCUUUGCCUGCACAGACUGUGGCAAGAGCUUCAAGAGUAAAGGCAGCCUGGUCACCCACCAGCGCAUCCACAGUGGCAAUAUGCCCUUUGCCUGUCCUGAGUGUGGCAAGAGCUUCAACCGCAAACACAGCCUGGUCAACCACCAGCGCAUCCACACCGGGGAGAAGCCCUUCAGCUGCUCGGAGUGUGGCAAGAGCUUCACCCAGAAAGGCACCCUGCUCUACCACCAACGUAUCCACACUGGCAAGAAGCUCUUUGCCUGCUCCGAGUGUGGGAAGAGCUUUAAACACAGUCACAAACUGGUUGCCCACCAGCGCAUCCACACCGGCGAGAAGCCCUUUGCCUGCACCGAGUGUGGGAAGAGCUUCAGGCACAAAAGCAGCCUGGUCACCCACCAGCGCCUGCACACUGGAGAGAAGCCCUUUGCCUGCACGGAGUGUGGGAAGAGCUUCAGGCACAAAAUCAGCCUGGUCAACCACCAGCGCCUCCUCACCUGCCAGAAGCCCUUCACCUGCUCUGAGUGCGGGAAGAGCUUUAAGCAGAGUGACAAACUGGUUGCCCACCAGCGCCGCCACGCCGGCGAGAAGCCCUUUGCCUGCAGCGAGUGUGGCAAGAGCUACACGGGGAAGGGCAGCCUGGUCUGCCACCAGCGCCUGCACAGCGGGGAGACGCCCUUUGUGUGCACCGAGUGCGGGAAGAUCUUCAGCCGCGGCGACAAACUGAUCAUCCACCAGCGCAGCCACACCGGCGAGAAGCCCUUCGCCUGCACCGACUGCGGGAAGAGCUUCAGCCGCAGCGACCACCUGCUGUCCCACCAGCGCAUCCACACCGGCGAGAAGCCCUUCGCCUGCCCAGAGUGUGGCCGGAGGUUCAACCGCAGCGACACCCUGGUCACUCACCAGCGCAUCCACAACGGCGAGAAGCCCUUCGCCUGUGCCGAGUGCGGCAAGAGCUUUAGCCAGAGGGCCGACUUGAUUCGGCACCGCGACAGCCACAGCGGCAAGAAGCCCUUCGCCUGUCCCGACUGUGGCAAGAGGUUCAACCGCCUGGACCGCCUGGUCACCCACCAGAACACACACACCGGCAAGAAGCCCUUCGCCUGUCCCGACUGUGGCAAGAGGUUCAACCGCCGGGACCGCCUGGUCACCCACCAGCACACACACACCGGCAAGAAGGCCUUCUCCUGCCCCGACUGCGGCAGGGGCUUCAACCGCGUCGAUCGCUUGUUCGUGCAUCGGCGCAGCCACCUCGCCGAGUGACACCCUGCCUGCCCCCGCUGUGCCGCAGCUCCAGCCUCAGCCCAG